AUGUCUGAUUUGAUUGAACUCCAAAGAAAAUAUCUCCUGGAUACUCUAAACAGUAUCCAGACCCCACAUAACAUCAAAUUUUUGGUCAUUGAUGAAUAUACCGGUACUUUAUUCGAGUCCCUGUUUGUUUCUGCAAAUGAUCUGCUUAACUACGUGACAAGCAUAGAAAAAAUCGACUCUCGAGGGAGAAAAGGUCAACCUAGUGUUGAGGUUAUCUAUAUGUUACAACCUACGAAAUAUAAUAUCAAUUGCAUAGCGGCGGAUUUUUAUAAUUCUGAUAGAAAAUAUUCCAAGGCUCAUAUUCGGUUCUUACCUGGUAUGGAAAAUCACAUAAUGAAUUUUUUGAGGGAUAAGAAGACUUUGCAACCUUUCUUAGCUUCUGUCAAUGAAAUAAAACUAGCCUUUUCCCCUAAUGAAACACAGUUUUUCCAAACCAUGGAUAUUGAUAAACCUUUCCAAAUUUUUUACAACAAAAAUUGUGUGGAAUUAAUCGAAAAAAAUAUUAAUAGAACUAUCGAAUCCUUGAUCAAUAUAUGUAUUGUUACAGGUGAGUAUCCUAUCAUAAGAUAUGCAAGGGCUCUACCACACGAAGUUCAAUUAUCGCCAGCAACUAGAUUAGCACAAAAACUUGCAGUUCAAUUCCAAGAAGCUCUGGAUUCUUAUGUACGUGAUCAUCAAGAUUUCCCUCCACCAUCAACAAGACCGAGAGCCAUAUUUAUUAUUACUGAAAGAUCUUUAGAUCAAUUCGCUCCUAUCUUACAUGAUUUCGAUUAUCAGGCAAUGGCUUACGAUUUAAUAUCAGAUAUUGACAGAGAGGAUGUGUAUCAUUAUAAAGCUGAAAAUGAGGCUGGUGAACUUGAAGAAAAAUCUUCCAAGUUGGCUGAUCUAAUAGAUCCAGAUUGGGUCGAUCUAAAACAUCUUCAUAUUAUAGACGCCAAUGAACAAUUGAGUGGGAAGAUAAAAGAGUUGAUAGCAAAGAAUCCAUUAUUAGUGGAUAGAUCAAAAGUGAAAAAUACUACCGAUCUAUUAAGUGUUGUUGCACAUUUAAAGGACUUUGAUGAAGACAGAAGAAGAAUUAUGCUUCAUAAAAUUUUAAUUGAAGCAUGUCUAUCUAUUAACCAAGAAAGACAAUUGACAACUAUUGCCGAGGUUGAACAGAACCUUGCUGGGUUCGGGUUGAACAUAGAUGGUGAGAAAUGUAAACAUAUUAUAGACACUGUUCUAAUGACUCUUUUAACAAAAGAAUGUAAUAUCACAGAUAAGGUUCGUUUAUUGAUCGCAUAUGCACUAUAUAGAGGUGGUCUUAUAGAAUCAGAUUUCAUGAAACUUUUAAGUUUUAUAGGAGUGAGGGAAGAUCAUGAAUUUUUCUCUCAUUUCAUGAUGUUAUUCAAGAAUUUUGACAAUCUGGGAUUUAAAUUAGUCAAAGAAAAUGCUCGUGACAAGCCAUUCCACAAAGCGUGGUUCCAUGAUACAAUUGUAAAGGAUCCAAAUAUUUAUGUUACAUCAAGAUAUGUGCCAGCUGUUGGUAAUAUUCUUUCAAAAGUUAUAGCAAACCCUCUUUUAUUAAGUGAAGAAGAAUUUCCAUAUGUUAAGGAUAAGCCUAUCGAUUUGUUAGAUGACGAUGAAAGAGAAGUUGUAGGCGCUGCAGCUACUGCUCAAUCAUCCUCUUCAUUAAGGAACUCGCGACACAAAGCAGCUUGGUCCAGAAACGGUAACUCAUUAAAGAAGGAAGGUCCAAGACAAAGGUUUUUCUAUUAUGUUCUCGGAGGUAUAACAUACCCUGAAAUUAGAGCUGCAUAUGAACAAUCGAACUUGAAGAACAAAGACGUUUUUAUUGGUAGUGACGGGAUUCUAAAACCUGUCUCAUUCUUAAGAAGUGUUGAGAACUUAACUCAACCUAGAGAAGUAUUGAAUUUAAAGGACGAUAGAAAAGUUAAAGACGAUAUUCCAAGCUUCUUGAUGGGCAAUAAUACAAAUGCACCUAUUUCUCAUGUACAUAACGCCUCACAGUACGAAAUGAAGAAGAAGAUGGUCCCAGUAGUUCAACCACAACCGGUAGAGGAAAAUACAGAAAAACAUAAAAAACGUAGUAAAUUCAAAAAGUUCUUAAAAAGGGAGAAGUAG